AUGCACUUUGCCAGAGAACCAGCUACUUUAGUAUUAGCCAAGCAUAGAGUUCGUAGACCAAGUUUGUUUCAAAAAUUGACAACAGUGGAUGAUCUUAUUGCAAGUGGAUUUUUUAAGGAUGGAAUGAGAAUGGGAUGGUCUGGAUUUACAGGAGUGGGAUAUCCUAAAUUGACACCAGCAGCACUAGCAGAACAUGUCGAAAAAAAUAAUUUACAAGGAAAAUUAAGAUUUGAAUUAUUUGUGGGAGCAAGUACUAAUGCUGAAACUGAGAAUAGACGUUAUCCAUACCAACUUGGUAAAGAUAUUCAAAAAGGAAUCAACACAAAUCAUAUUGCGUUUGCUGAUAAACAUCUUUCCGAGUUUCCAUUGGAUUUGGUAUCAGGUUAUUAUACAUUAGAAAAAAAAGGAACCACAAUAGAAAAACUUGAUGUGGUGAUAGUUGAAGCAACAGCAAUAACAGAAGAAGGUCACAUAAUUCCUGGAGCAUCAGUUGGAGCAACACCCGAAAUUGUUCAAUCUGCAGCUCAUGUGGUGAUUGAAGUUAAUACGGCGUUACCUAAUUUUGAAGGAUUACAUGAUAUCACAUUAAGCAAGUUUGCACCUUAUAAAUUUCCAAUUUUAGUUCAACGUGUUGAUGAUAGGGUGGGAACUCCAUACAUUCCAUGUGAUAGUGAUAAAGUAAUAGCAGUCAUAGAGUCAACGGUGUUAGAUAGAACAACAGAUAGUGAACCCCAGGAUGCUACAUCACAUAAGAUUGCGAAUAAUAUACUUGAAUUUUUGGAGCAUGAAGUUAGUAUGGAUCGGCUACCAAAACAAUUGUUACCGUUACAAUCCGGCGUAGGAAAUAUAGCAAAUGCUGUUAUUGGAGGACUUGCCGAUGGACCUUUUACUGAUGUAGAAGUUUGGACAGAAGUAAUUCAAGAUACAUUUCUUGAUUUUUGGGAACAUCAUAAAUUGUCAUUUGCAUCGGCAACCAGCGUAGCAUUUUCACCAACAGGAUUUAAAAGAUUUUAUGAGAUGUGGGAUUAUUUAAAGGAUCGAUUGGUGUUGAGAAGCCAAAGUGUUUCCAAUUCGCCGGAAGUUAUUAGAAGAUUAGGUGUUAUAGCGAUGAAUACUCCUGUUGAUAUAUAUGCACAUUCCAACUCUACACAUGUAUGUGGCACAAGAAUGUUGAAUGGGCUUGGUGGAUCAUCAGAUUUUUUGAGAAACUCUAAAUUAAGCAUUAUGCAUACACCAUCUACAAGACCAACAAAGAAAGAUCCAAUAGGAAUUUCCUGUGUUGUACCAAUGUAUGUAAUAGUGACAGAACAUGGCUUAGCGGAUAUAAGAGGCUUAUCGCCGGUAGAACGAGCCAAAAUGAUAAUUGAUAAAUGUGUUCAUCCGGAUUAUAGAGAUAUCUUAAAAGAUUAUUUUGAAAUCUCAGAAAAGAAAUGUUUAAAAAUAGGUGCAGCACAUCAACCACACAUGUUGGAUAAAGUAUUUAAAAUGCAUUUAAAUGUCAUGGGCGAAGAAAAUACUAUGAGAAUUAAAUCUUGGGAUUAA